UGCGAACUGGUUCUAACUGGGCUUUGCUGGUGCAGAAGGAGGAGCGCUGCAAGCGGCACCGGCAGCGGGCGCGGCACUGGGAGCGCUCUGGGUGGUUACUGGGGGUCACUGGGAGGUCUCUGGGCUAUGAGUGGUGGUUACUGGGGGUCACUGGGAGGUCACUGGUGCGAACUGGUUCUAACUGGGCUUUGCUGGUGCAGAAGGAGGAGCGCUGCAAGCGGCACCGGCAGCGGGCGCGGCACUGGGAGCGCUCUGGGUGGUUACUGGGGGUCACUGGGAGGUCACUGGUGCGAACUGGUUCUAACUGGGCUUUGCUGGUGCAGAAGGAGGAGCGCUGCAAGCGGCACCGGCAGCGGGCGCGGCACUGGGAGCGCUCUGGGUGGUUACUGGGGGUCACUGGGAGGUCACUGGUGCGAACUGGUUCUAACUGGGCUUUGCUGGUGCAGAAGGAGGAGCGCUGCAAGCGGCACCGGCAGCGGGCGCGGCACUGGGAGCGCUCUGGGUGGUUACUGGGGGUCACUGGGAGGUCACUGGUGCGAACUGGUUCUAACUGGGCUUUGCUGGUGCAGAAGGAGGAGCGCUGCAAGCGGCACCGGCAGCGGGCGCGGCACUGGGAGCGCUCUGGGUGGUUACUGGGGGUCACUGGGAGGUCACUGGUGCGAACUGGUUCUAACUGGGCUUUGCUGGUGCAGAAGGAGGAGCGCUGCAAGCGGCACCGGCAGCGGGCGCGGCACUGGGAGCGCUCUGGGUGGUUACUGGGGGUCACUGGGAGGUCACUGGUGCGAACUGGUUCUAACUGGGCUUUGCUGGUGCAGAAGGAGGAGCGCUGCAAGCGGCACCGGCAGCGGGCGCGGCACUGGGAGCGCUCUGGGUGGUUACUGGGGGUCACUGGGAGGUCACUGGUGCGAACUGGUUCUAACUGGGCUUUGCUGGUGCAGAAGGAGGAGCGCUGCAAGCGGCACCGGCAGCGGGCGCGGCACUGGGAGCGCUCUGGGUGGUUACUGGGGGUCACUGGGAGGUCACUGGUGCGAACUGGUUCUAACUGGGCUUUGCUGGUGCAGAAGGAGGAGCGCUGCAAGCGGCACCGGCAGCGGGCGCGGCACUGGGAGCGCUCUGGGUGGUUACUGGGGGUCACUGGGAGGUCACUGGUGCGAACUGGUUCUAACUGGGCUUUGCUGGUGCAGAAGGAGGAGCGCUGCAAGCGGCACCGGCAGCGGGCGCGGCACUGGGAGCGCUCUGGGUGGUUACUGGGGGUCACUGGGAGGUCACUGGUGCGAACUGGUUCUAACUGGGCUUUGCUGGUGCAGAAGGAGGAGCGCUGCAAGCGGCACCGGCAGCGGGCGCGGCACUGGGAGCGCUCUGGGUGGUUACUGGGGGUCACUGGGAGGUCACUGGUGCGAACUGGUUCUAACUGGGCUUUGCUGGUGCAGAAGGAGGAGCGCUGCAAGCGGCACCGGCAGCGGGCGCGGCACUGGGAGCGCUCUGGGUGGUUACUGGGGGUCACUGGGAGGUCACUGGUGCGAACUGGUUCUAACUGGGCUUUGCUGGUGCAGAAGGAGGAGCGCUGCAAGCGGCACCGGCAGCGGGCGCGGCACUGGGAGCGCUCUGGGUGGUUACUGGGGGUCACUGGGAGGUCACUGGUGCGAACUGGUUCUAACUGGGCUUUGCUGGUGCAGAAGGAGGAGCGCUGCAAGCGGCACCGGCAGCGGGCGCGGCACUGGGAGCGCUCUGGGUGGUUACUGGGGGUCACUGGGAGGUCACUGGUGCGAACUGGUUCUAACUGGGCUUUGCUGGUGCAGAAGGAGGAGCGCUGCAAGCGGCACCGGCAGCGGGCGCGGCACUGGGAGCGCUCUGGGUGGUUACUGGGGGUCACUGGGAGGUCACUGGUGCGAACUGGUUCUAACUGGGCUUUGCUGGUGCAGAAGGAGGAGCGCUGCAAGCGGCACCGGCAGCGGGCGCGGCACUGGGAGCGCUCUGGGUGGUUACUGGGGGUCACUGGGAGGUCACUGGUGCGAACUGGUUCUAACUGGGCUUUGCUGGUGCAGAAGGAGGAGCGCUGCAAGCGGCACCGGCAGCGGGCGCGGCACUGGGAGCGCUCUGGGUGGUUACUGGGGGUCACUGGGAGGUCACUGGUGCGAACUGGUUCUAACUGGGCUUUGCUGGUGCAGAAGGAGGAGCGCUGCAAGCGGCACCGGCAGCGGGCGCGGCACUGGGAGCGCUCUGGGUGGUUACUGGGGGUCACUGGGAGGUCACUGGUGCGAACUGGUUCUAACUGGGCUUUGCUGGUGCAGAAGGAGGAGCGCUGCAAGCGGCACCGGCAGCGGGCGCGGCACUGGGAGCGCUCUGGGUGGUUACUGGGGGUCACUGGGAGGUCACUGGUGCGAACUGGUUCUAACUGGGCUUUGCUGGUGCAGAAGGAGGAGCGCUGCAAGCGGCACCGGCAGCGGGCGCGGCACUGGGAGCGCUCUGGGUGGUUACUGGGGGUCACUGGGAGGUCACUGGUGCGAACUGGUUCUAACUGGGCUUUGCUGGUGCAGAAGGAGGAGCGCUGCAAGCGGCACCGGCAGCGGGCGCGGCACUGGGAGCGCUCUGGGUGGUUACUGGGGGUCACUGGGAGGUCACUGGUGCGAACUGGUUCUAACUGGGCUUUGCUGGUGCAGAAGGAGGAGCGCUGCAAGCGGCACCGGCAGCGGGCGCGGCACUGGGAGCGCUCUGGGUGGUUACUGGGGGUCACUGGGAGGUCACUGGUGCGAACUGGUUCUAACUGGGCUUUGCUGGUGCAGAAGGAGGAGCGCUGCAAGCGGCACCGGCAGCGGGCGCGGCACUGGGAGCGCUCUGGGUGGUUACUGGGGGUCACUGGGAGGUCACUGGUGCGAACUGGUUCUAACUGGGCUUUGCUGGUGCAGAAGGAGGAGCGCUGCAAGCGGCACCGGCAGCGGGCGCGGCACUGGGAGCGCUCUGGGUGGUUACUGGGGGUCACUGGGAGGUCACUGGUGCGAACUGGUUCUAACUGGGCUUUGCUGGUGCAGAAGGAGGAGCGCUGCAAGCGGCACCGGCAGCGGGCGCGGCACUGGGAGCGCUCUGGGUGGUUACUGGGGGUCACUGGGAGGUCACUGGUGCGAACUGGUUCUAACUGGGCUUUGCUGGUGCAGAAGGAGGAGCGCUGCAAGCGGCACCGGCAGCGGGCGCGGCACUGGGAGCGCUCUGGGUGGUUACUGGGGGUCACUGGGAGGUCACUGGUGCGAACUGGUUCUAACUGGGCUUUGCUGGUGCAGAAGGAGGAGCGCUGCAAGCGGCACCGGCAGCGGGCGCGGCACUGGGAGCGCUCUGGGUGGUUACUGGGGGUCACUGGGAGGUCACUGGUGCGAACUGGUUCUAACUGGGCUUUGCUGGUGCAGAAGGAGGAGCGCUGCAAGCGGCACCGGCAGCGGGCGCGGCACUGGGAGCGCUCUGGGUGGUUACUGGGGGUCACUGGGAGGUCACUGGUGCGAACUGGUUCUAACUGGGCUUUGCUGGUGCAGAAGGAGGAGCGCUGCAAGCGGCACCGGCAGCGGGCGCGGCACUGGGAGCGCUCUGGGUGGUUACUGGGGGUCACUGGGAGGUCACUGGUGCGAACUGGUUCUAACUGGGCUUUGCUGGUGCAGAAGGAGGAGCGCUGCAAGCGGCACCGGCAGCGGGCGCGGCACUGGGAGCGCUCUGGGUGGUUACUGGGGGUCACUGGGAGGUCACUGGUGCGAACUGGUUCUAACUGGGCUUUGCUGGUGCAGAAGGAGGAGCGCUGCAAGCGGCACCGGCAGCGGGCGCGGCACUGGGAGCGCUCUGGGUGGUUACUGGGGGUCACUGGGAGGUCACUGGUGCGAACUGGUUCUAACUGGGCUUUGCUGGUGCAGAAGGAGGAGCGCUGCAAGCGGCACCGGCAGCGGGCGCGGCACUGGGAGCGCUCUGGGUGGUUACUGGGGGUCACUGGGAGGUCACUGGUGCGAACUGGUUCUAACUGGGCUUUGCUGGUGCAGAAGGAGGAGCGCUGCAAGCGGCACCGGCAGCGGGCGCGGCACUGGGAGCGCUCUGGGUGGUUACUGGGGGUCACUGGGAGGUCACUGGUGCGAACUGGUUCUAACUGGGCUUUGCUGGUGCAGAAGGAGGAGCGCUGCAAGCGGCACCGGCAGCGGGCGCGGCACUGGGAGCGCUCUGGGUGGUUACUGGGGGUCACUGGGAGGUCACUGGUGCGAACUGGUUCUAACUGGGCUUUGCUGGUGCAGAAGGAGGAGCGCUGCAAGCGGCACCGGCAGCGGGCGCGGCACUGGGAGCGCUCUGGGUGGUUACUGGGGGUCACUGGGAGGUCACUGGUGCGAACUGGUUCUAACUGGGCUUUGCUGGUGCAGAAGGAGGAGCGCUGCAAGCGGCACCGGCAGCGGGCGCGGCACUGGGAGCGCUCUGGGUGGUUACUGGGGGUCACUGGGAGGUCACUGGUGCGAACUGGUUCUAACUGGGCUUUGCUGGUGCAGAAGGAGGAGCGCUGCAAGCGGCACCGGCAGCGGGCGCGGCACUGGGAGCGCUCUGGGUGGUUACUGGGGGUCACUGGGAGGUCGGUAUCUGGGAGAGCUACUGGGAGUUACUGGGACACUCCGAGAG